CCAAGUUUCACGAUGGCUGUUCAGCACAUCGUCCUGUGUCUUCUUUGCAUUUCACCGUUUGCGAAUGCUCUCUACAAGCAGUGGAUUCCUGACACAAAUUUUGAAAACACAACCAACUGGGAUAAAGGCUCUGUACCGUGUGGUAAUGACCGAGUGAUGUUUUUAGCUGAUAGGAAAGUGUCUGUGUACGUAGAAACGGCUCACGCUAUCACGGGAAUGAACUUGCCAAUGGACGGGGAGUUUAUUCUGGCAUCUGGUGCUGGGUUUUCUGUGAGAGACGGUGGAGAUCCUGACUGUGGCUCCGGUGUGAUGGCACAGUUUAAAGACUGUGAAUCUCUGAAAUGGUUCGAUCCGUCACUUUGGGUGGCUGCAGCCACUAUCGACUACCUUCACGGGGGAACGUAUCAGUUUUCAGUCCACGAGGAGAGCGUCCCAUGUCGGUUUGAUGAUGUUAUAUUUCGAGAGGCCACCUCCUUCCGUGUAGAUGUUUCUCCUAAUGGGGAUGUCCCUGUGAAGAGCGUCUCUGUGUUUGGGAAGAAGUUCAUCAGCAGCUCUGAGUUUUCCCAAUUCCUGUCUUCCAACUCAGGUAAGCUGCAAUUCCACGGUUCUUCGUCUCUCAGCAUCGGUGGUCCAGGCUGUGAUGACAUCACCGGAUGCGUCUGCGGUAAUUCUGUGAAUCGUGACAAAAUCUGUGCAAAUGUAAAAUGUGAGUCGUUGGAUUGCAAGACGCCUCUGCACCCUGUAGGACAUUGUUGUGAUGUUUGCGGUGCCAUUGUGAAUGUUAAGUUCUCAUUAAACUUCAACUUUGAGUCAUAUCGUCAACGGCUCCAGCACCUGUUUCUCAGUCUGCAUAAAUAUGAUUCUAUAAAGCUGGCCAUGUCGAAAGUGUCCAAAGAUCAGAAGCUGCUGGGACUGUUUCCAUUCGGAGUCUCUCAGGAGAUUCAGGUGCUGCUUUUAGACCAGAAGACGGGUCAGGAAACGGGGAAGUUAGCUGAAGUUCUUGCCCGUGACAUAAUGAAGGAUAUCCAGAACCAUGGCUCUAACCUUGGUAUCAGUUCUGCAGAGUUCCAGGCAUCUUCAGAGGCGAGUGGAAACCGUGCAGGGGUAGCGGCCGGUGCCGUGCUGGGUUCCCUGGUUGUGGUGGGUUUGCUGGUGGUCUUUGUUAUCCUCUACCGCCGUGGUGUUGUUAAAAUCCCCAGAAUUCCUAGCAUCCCCUCAUUCAGCAAAUGGAAGAACAGUAGUGAGGUCGGCGAGUUGGGUGGCCCUUUGGACCACGGCUUUGACAACCCCAUGUUUGACAAACCGACUAUGAUGCCGGAAGAACCAGGACUGUACGGAACAAUUACCAAGAACUCGAUCGCUAUGACCCAGUCAGGGGUUUAUUUCAUAAACCCUGUCUAUGAUGAAAGUGAUCUUAAUGCAUGACAGGUGUUGUAUAUCCUUGUAUGACAACAAAAUAACCAAAUUAAAGGUCUAAUUUUUUGUAUGCUUAGUGCUGUUAGUAAGCUUUAAU